UUUAUAUAUAUUUCUCAGUAAAAUUCCAUACCUUUUGGUUUAUUCUAACAGAAUCUGCCAUUGACUUUCAUUUCCAUUCAGACUACGUGAUCUCAUAUGCAUGCCUAAGUCAUGCACAAUCAAUAUACACUGUCUUGGCCAUUGUCUGGUGUUUAGAAAUGAAACACAAUCAUAAUAGUUGGCUGAAAAAACUGUCUAGCAAAAACACACUCUCACAGCUUAGCUUAUAGCAAUGGUGCUAAUGCCUCACAUAUAAACAGUUACUUCUGUAACUGAACUACAGAAUUGUGUAUAAUGUUAAACUAAAAUUAAGUAGUGAAUAAACAAGUGUUGCAAUACUGACGGAUGAUAAAGACAUGCAUGUUAAAUUAUACGCAAGGUUUACUAAUGUUCAACAAGUAUUUUAGUAUAUUUAAACAUUGUAAUCUUACAUAAAAACUUUGUACAUGAAAAGACUGAAUGGAUCCAUUGUGUAAUGCAAGUUAAUACAAAUGCCUGAUGACUGUUGUAAAGGACUGAAACAUGUUGUAUUGAAACAUUUUAAUAAGCCAAACUGACCUACUGACAAUUUGAUUCCAGCAUUUAUUGGAAGUAUGAAGUUGUUGUGAAGAGACAUAUUUACAUAUUAUGCUGCUACAAGUUGGUUACAAUGUAUUCAAAUGUGUAAGCCAAAACCAGCUUUGAUAGUUUCCUUAUAAAAACAAGCCUACAUACAUAGCGUCACAGAUCCAUUGCCUGCAAUGGGUUGGAUAUUGAGCUCAUCAGAAUAGUUAAAAGUAGUUGCAAUAUGCAACCAAGUCCAAGUAGACACAACCUAUAUACAACAGGAAUAUAAUACAAUUAGGUAUUUGCCAUAUAUUCAUCAAUAGAAUAGAAAGCUUUCAAGAUAAGAAAGUCUUUCAGUCUAUGUUUAAAUAAAUUAACAUUAUCCUUUAAAAUAUAUAAUUUAUGUGGCAAAUUAUUAAAAAUUUGUAUGGAUGUAUAAUACACUCCCUUUUGUAUAAUGGAUAGUCUACAUGACGUGACGUGUAGUCCAUUUUGUACUCUAGUGUUAAUUUUAUGUACACUACUAUGUGUAGGAUAAUUAUUUUCGUUUUCAAUUACAAACAUGACCAUAGCAUAUAUAAACAAACAGGGAACUGUAAGUAUCCCUAAUUCUCUGAAAACCUCUCUACAAGAACUUCUAGGCCUUAUCGUUAACAUUGCUCUAAUUGCUCUUUUCUGAGCCACAAAAACUCUUUUCAUUGAUGACGAAGAAGAGCCCCAGAAAAUAACACCAUAUUUAAGUUGAACUUGACAGUAAGCACAAUAAGCCAUUUUCAGCACUUGCCUACUUACUAUAGGCUGUAGUUUUCUAAGCACAAAGGUUGCAACACUCAACUUAUUUAUCACAUCAUCAGAGAAAUGAUGAACAUGAAGCAGGUAGCAACUCUGCAUGCUACCUGCUUUACUUUGAUGUCAUUCUUCGCUAAUUCUUCGAUCCUGGCAUGUUUCUCCAAAACGUCGGUUUACUUUCAGCCGACUACACGGUGUUAAAUCGCAUAUGUCAGAACCACCUCUGUUUGAAUAAAAAAUACUAAAAUUUCUUGUUUAUUUUCGUGUGUGCUCAAAACUACUCACGUAAAUUUUUCUUAUAUAACGCAACUGCCGAUGUUGGUUAUUUAUGGGCUUGCAAAUUGACACAAGAUAUAGUCUACAAGAUAUUGAUAUGAUUCAUAUCCAGGAAAAUGUGAACUUGAAAGGGUGCACACUGAUAUUUCCUUCAGUGUCCGUGGGAAAUGCUGCUCAGCUUGCUGUCGAUCUUCUUAUAACUAAAAUAAAACCACAGAAAGUUGGAUUGAUUUGGCAUCCUGCCAUUAUGCCAUUGGUGGGGGGAGAUCCAUACAGUUUAAAUGAAACCGCUUUGACAACAAGUGCUGAAGUAUUUUAUUCAGGACAGUGGAAGCUGGUGAUUUUCCAGAUACGUUCCCCAAUCAUGCAGGAAGCAAGUCAAGAUUUUGUGGACAGGAUAACUGAAUGGAUAAAAGAAAACUACAUUGAUAAAAUUGUGAUCCUUAGUGGCAUCUUUGACUACACAAGAAAUGAUAGUGAAAUCGCAGGGCCAUCUGUGAAAUUUGUGGCGUCUCGGACCUUUAGAGAGAAAUGUGACGUACUUCAAAGAUUAGGGGAUCAGACAGCAACAUCAGGUUAUCAGACAUGUUCUGUUGUUAUAUGUGAUGGAUCUCAAGACCCUAAGAAGAUUUCUAUGUAUGGAGGUGGCAUUUCAUGGAAGUUUUUUAAUGCCUGCAAUGUAGGAGGAAUUCCAGCAGUUGUUCUUAUGAAGUACUGCUCUGAAGGUGAUAACAUUCCAGAUGCAAUUUUGCUGUGCACUCAUCUUAACACUUUGUUGAACUUUGCCCCUUCUGACUGUAAUUGGGAAUCACCACCUUCAUGGACAGGUAUGUUUGGCAACCCACCUCAGCACGGUUUAUACUAGGACCACAAAUUUUACAGUGAAAUGUUACUUCAGUGAAAAUAAUUUUACAUCAGAAAUAUACUAAGUGACACAAAUUGUUGCAAUACUUAAUGGUACAGUUUACAAAUUGCAGUUAUAUCAGGGAUACAUGUAAACACUAAAGCGGAUGUGAAAUAUUAAUGCACUUUUAAUAAAGAGACUUGUUGAUUCCUUGCCCAGA